GCGGUUGACAAGAUCACAGGAGCAGGGAUGGAGGGAGUAGGCAAACCGGGCAGAUUCGCAGGAGUCUGAGCAGGAGGGUGUAAGAAGAAUCUCUGAAGCUGGACGGACAGUAAGUAAACUGGCUCAGUAAUGUGUUAAAGUUCUGCGGUGCAGUGCAGCGAGGGAGAAGCAUGGCAGCGAUAACGCCCUGGCGCCAGCUGCUGCUGGAGUCCAUUCAAGCCAACAAGCAUCUGAAACAUUCAGAGUACUUCCAGUUGGCUACGGUGAGGGAGAAUGGAAAGCCUGCGAACAGAACGGUGGUCUUCAGAGGACUGAUCGAAGGAACUGAGAAGCUUCAGUUUACAACGGAUGCUAGGUCGCACAAGAUCGAGGAGAUUAAGGCACAAGCAUUUGGAGAGAUUUGUUGGUAUUUCACGGAUACCCGAGAGCAAUUUCGCAUCAGCGGGACUCUGGAUGUCAUCGGGGAGGCAGACAGGAAUGCUGUACGUUUGAAGAUGCGGGAACGAGCAUGGUUUCAAAGCUCUCCAAACUCAAGGCUUCAAUUCGUAGGCCCUUCUCCUGGCUUUCCAUGCCCAGAGGGUGGUCCAAAUGAUUCGACCACACCUCAGCUUGAUCCAGCUCAAGGACCAGUGGAAAAUUUCUGUUUGGUGACACUGGAACCACAGGAGGUGGACUACCUAAACCUGAGGAAGAACAAGAGAUACGUUUUUCAGAAAAUGGGAGAGUUUUCAUGGACACAACGAGAAGUUAAUCCCUAAAUGGAGAACACUUGUUCAUCGGAGAAAAAAGGUGUUUGUCAUUUUUAUCACCUGCUGCUUCUCCCAAUUGUUUUGGAGUCCAUAUUCUUCCGAUAGUUGGGUAUGUCAGACAGGCAUGGAGUAUAUGUGUACUACCACAGAAAGCUUUCGUUGAAGUAGGCCAGUGGCUGGAUAUGUAAGAAAAGCAGCUGAGGUCAGAGAGUUCUUUUUUAUUAGUCGAGAGUUCAUCAAGUGAAGAAAAAAAAAGGACUUGGUUGAUGUCAACUUUUUUCUCAGUCAAUCACUGUCUAUCAAAUGUGGGCAGGAUGCUGUUUUUUUUUUCAAUCAGUAUGGAAGAUUUUCCGACUAUUGAGACCUUCCUU